AUGCAGUCAGAGAAAAAGACAUAUAGAAAACUACUUUUAUCGUUUCUGAAAGAACAAGACACAUCUCAGAAAAUUACUUACGUUCCUGACAAAGAUGGAGUUACACCGCUGUUUGUAUCAUCGUAUUUAGGAUACGUAGAUUUUGUAGAAUACUUUAUAGUAAAAUGUCCUGGUCACAUAGAUGUAAAAGACAAGGAAGCUUGUAAGAGUGGACAUACAGACGUAGUAAAGUUACUGAUUGAUGUCGGUUUGAAUGUAAAUGACACAUCCAAUAACGGUUCUACACCACUAUAUCUAGCUUGUCAAAACGGUCACUAUGACACAGUGAAAUACUUACUAGAUUUAAACGGCCAAACAUUGAAUAAUCAAAACACAACACUAAAAGAUGAAGUUGGAUGGUCAGUUUUACAUGUAGCUUGUUCGAAUGGACAUUCACAAGUAGUUAAGUUAUUGAUUGAUAUCGGUAUGAAUUUAAAUGACACAUCAAACAAAGGUUCAACACCACUAUUUCUAGCUUGUCGGAACGGUCAUUAUGACACAGUAAAUUUCUUACUUGAUUUGAACGGCCAAACAUUAAAUAGUCGUGUAGAUACAACCCUAAAAGAUGGAAAUGGAUGCGAUUGA